AUGUUCCCUAGGAUUAAGCAAUCAGUUUUGUCAAAAUCUCUAUUAAGUUCACUUGAAGUCUUGGUAUCCAACACAAUAAUAAAAUUAUUACUGGAACACAAUGCAGAUAUUGAAGCGGCUGGAAAUAAAUGUGGUUGGACUCCACUUAUCACUGCUUGUAUACAUAAUAAUGAUGUAGCAGUUAAAUAUCUGUUAGAAAAUCAUGCCAAUCCUAACGCUACGGAUCAACAGGGUUGUACACCGAUUUUCCAUACAGUCAAAAUGAAUGGCUCAAUAAGUAUACUACAAUUAUUACUACAAUAUAAUGCCAAUAUUGAAGCUGCAAAUUCGGAUGGCCGAACUCCACUUUUAGAGGCUUGUUACAGAUGUGAUUACGUGAUAGCUAAAUUUUUGUUGGAUAACGAUGCUAAUCCUUCUGCUGUUGAUAAUCAAGGUUCUAGAUCUCUCCAUUUAGUUUGCCGGACGAAGAGAAAAAUGACUGUUGCGCUUAUCGAACUAUUGCUGCAAUAUCAUGCGAAUAUUGAAGCUGUAAAUGAAGGUGGUCGGACUCCACUUAUGAAAGCUUGCGCCUAUAGCAAUCUCAAUACAAUAAAAUGUCUUUUAAAUCAUGAUGCAAAUAUUGAAGCUGUCGAUCCAGUUGGCCGGACUCCACUUAUUACAGCUUGCGAGAGUAACCGACCCGAUACAAUAAAAUGUCUUUUGGAUCAUCAUGCAAAUAUUGAAGCUGUCGAUGGAAGAGGUUGGACUCCACUUAUUGCAGCUUGCGAAAAAAACAAUCUUGAUGCCAUAAAAUGCCUUUUAGAUCAUUAUGCAAAUAUUGAAGCUGUCGAUCGAAGAGGUUCGACUCCACUUAUUGCAGCUUGCGAAAGUAACAAACCAGAUGCAAUAAAAUGCCUUUUGGAUCAUUAUGCCAAUAUUGAAGCUGUCGAUGGAAGAGGUCGGACUCCACUUAUUACAGCUUGCGAAAAAAACAAUCUUGAUGCGUUGUGGAAGAAGCCUUCUUUCGGUAAUUACUCGGAGGGUAUUAAUGCGUUCGGGUGUACACUCGGCGUCAUUAAUGCCUGGUCUAUCAAAAAUUUUGAUACCAUCCGAGCAAUUAUCAUUAGUUAA